UUUAUUGCUGGGUGGAGUAAGGAUUGUACAUCUGAGACAAGGCCAUUAUCUACACAGUGUUUAAAUAGUCCUCGAGAGUGAAAAAAGCAGAACGAAAACAGGAAUGUGGUAGAGGACAGUCCAGAUCAACAGACAAGAUAACUUCAACAAUAACUAUAAAAGACGGUCUUACCAAUGCAAAUGUGAGCUCGAAAGCUUCCUAUUACCAUCCACACCUGAAAACACCUCCAAGAAUCAGGGAGCCAGACAUCCAGGAAGUGUCCACAACAGAGCAGAAUUACAGCAACAUCAGAGCAAAAACGAACAAUAAGGACAUGAACCCAGGACUGCAGUAAGGGAAAUGUUUCCAGUUGACCCUGUGACGAUCCUUCUGUCUGUUGUGGUCAUCCUCUUCUUUGCCCUUGUAUAUGGCAGCAAGAAGCAAGACAAGUACAAGAAUUUCCCACCUGGACCUAAACCAUGGCCAAUCAUUGGAAAUAUAUUCAGCCUUGACAUGAAGAAACCACAUAAGACAUUCAUAGAGUUAUCCAAGACGUAUGGUCCAGUAAUAGGUGCCCAAAUAGGAACGGAAAAGAUAGUUGUCCUUUGUGGAUACGAUGCUGUGAAAGAUGCUCUAAUUAACCACGCUGAGGAGUUUUCAGACAGGCCAAAGACACUAUGGUUCCCUAAAGCCCUAAGAGAAAAUGGGGUUGUCUUUUCCAAUGGAGAGAACUGGAAGGUCAUGAGAAGAUUUACACUUUCCACACUUCGGGAUUAUGGGAUGGGGAAGAGAACUACAGAAGACAAAAUAAUCGAGGAAGCUGAAUACUUGGUACAGGCUAUUCAAUCAUAUGGAGGAAAGCCCUUUGACAAUUUGACCAUCAUUAAUGCAGCUGUGGCCAACAUCAUUAUAUCCAUACUACUGAGCUGUAGAUUUGAGUAUGAGGACCCUAUAUUACAGAAGCUCAUGAACAUAGCUAAUGAGAACUUAAAACUUGUGGGCUCACCUUUGAUCAGGCUGUAUAAUAGCUUCCCAUUCCUGAUAAGCUUAUUGCCAGGAAGCCACAAGAAGAUUGCUGAAAACUUUUCCCAAAUGGAGAACUUCAUAAGAGCAACAUUUAUUAAGCAAAGGAAAAAAUUGGAUGUAAAUGACCAGAGGAACCUUAUUGACACAUUCCUGGCAAAGCAACAAGAGGGGAAGCCAGAAUCUACUCUGUAUUUUCAUGAUGACAAUUUAACAGUCCUGGUAGACAACUUGUUUGUUGCUGGAAUGGAGACAACAACCACCACUUUGAGAUGGGGCCUCCUGCUAAUGAUGCAAUAUCCUGAUAUACAAAAGAAAGCACAAAAUGAAAUUGAGAGAGUCAUUGGAACAGCCCAGCCUAGAUUAGAGCACCGGAAACAAAUGCCGUACACUGAUGCUGUUGUUCAUGAAAUCUUGCGAUAUGGCGAUAUUGCACCGGGAAGUGUUCCACAUGCAGCCUCUCGAGAUGUCACAUUUAGAGGAUAUUUUAUUCCAAAAGGAACUAUGGUCAUUCCAUUGCUCUCCUCUUCAUUGAGAGACAAAGCCUACUUUGAAAAACCUUAUGAGUUCUACCCAGAACAUUUUCUUGAUAAAGAUGGCAAUUUCAAGAAGAAUGAUGCAUCCAUCCCAUUUUCUCUCGGAAAAAGAAGCUGUGCCGGAGAAACAUUGGCUAAGAUGGAGCUGUUCCUCUUCUUUACAACACUGCUGCAACACUUCACCUUCCAGACCCCUCCCGGAGCUGUGCUGGACCUCACCCCUGCAAUGGGGGCUACAAAUGGCCCAUUACCACAUGAAAUCUGCGCAAUCCCUCGCACCUAGAUUGAGUCAGCGCUGAAUUAUGCCCCGUACACAUGAUCGGAAUUUACGAUGGCCUAAAAUCCGAUGGAAUUUUUCGUCAGAAUUCCAUUC